GAGAGACACACGGAGAGAGAGAGAGAGAGAGAGAAACUCGGACCCGAUCCUAGCCUCAAACUCCUUUACUUUGGCUUCCUCGUCCAAACACAUCCCCGACACACGGAUCUUUAUGGAUUUUGGGCUCGUUUUCUCCUAAUUCUGUGGAGUUUGUCCCGAUCGAAACAAAAAUAGAAACAAGAAACUGGGAUUGUUUGGGAUUUGGUGUCCCCUAGAUCGCACAGAUGUUGGUACACACAUAUGCUGCAAUGGAUCGGCACGAUGGAAUGAACGGGAGUCACAGUGCCCGCCUCGCCCAGCUCGGCUCCAUGAGCCAGGCUCCCUACUCCACGGCCCCGCCGCUCUCGCACACCCCUUCCUCGGACUUCCAGCCGCCUUAUUUCCCGCCGCCCUACCAGCCCCUGCCCUACCCCCAGAGCCAGGAGCCGUACGCUCACGUCAACGACCCUUACUCCCUGACCAGCCCCCUGCACCAGCCCCAGCAGCACCCGUGGCAACAGAGGCAGCGCCAGGAGGUGGCGGCUGAGCAGGGCAUCCUGCACCAACCCCGAGGUCUGUCCCAGUUGUCAAGCCUCGACCACCGCCGGGAUUACCACGGGAUCCGGCGGCCUGAUGUGCUGCUGCACUCCGGCCACGGCCUCGACUCUAACCAUGGACUGGUGGACACGCUCGCUCUCCAUGCCCUCAACCACCACGGACUGGACGAUGUGCAGGCCGUGGAUGAUAACGGCAGCCCUGGGAUGAAUAUAUUGGACCAGUCUGUAAUUAAAAAAGUUCCAAUGCCAAUUAAAGCCAAUGGUAGUUCACUUUCAUCGAGCAUGCAAAAGGAUGGCUUGAUUGGAGGAGUGACGAACCCAAAUGAAGUGUUCUGCUCCGUCCCAGGCCGCCUGUCACUGCUCAGCUCCACAUCCAAGUACAAAGUGACUGUGGGGGAGGUUCAGAGGCGCCUGUCACCACCAGAGUGCCUGAAUGCAUCACUACUUGGAGGAGUGCUCAGGAGGGCAAAGUCGAAAAAUGGAGGCAGGUCUUUGAGAGAAAAGUUGGAAAAGAUUGGAUUGAAUUUGCCUGCAGGAAGGCGCAAAGCAGCCAAUGUUACCUUACUGACCUCACUCGUCGAAGGAGAGGCUGUGCACUUGGCCCGGGACUUUGGGUAUGUUUGUGAGACUGAAUUCCCUGCAAAGGCAACGGCGGAGUUCCUGACCCGACAGCAUUCCGAUCCAACUGAGCUCCAUGCUCGAAAAAAUAUGCUGCUUGCCACCAAGCAGAUCUGUAAAGAGUUCACAGAUUUAUUGGCUCAGGACCGGUCUCCUUUGGGAAACAGCCGGCCCUCAGCAAUCCUUGAAGAGGGAGUCCAGAGCUGCCUGACUCACUUCAGCUUGAUUACACAUGGCUUCGGGAGUCCUGCCAUCAUUGCUGCGUUAACUGCCUUCCAGAAUUACCUGGUGGAGGCUUUAAAGGGGCUGGAUAAGAUGUUCCUGAGCUCAUCCAACAGCCAUCCCUCAGGGGAAUCUGGGACUAAAAGCACAGACAAAGAGGCCAAACAUCGGAAAUAACAGGGGACAGAUGGCAUGGACCAAACUGUUCUAAUUAUUAAAGAGAUUAAACAGUCAUUCAACGUGCAAUUAAAAAAAAGGACAAAAAAAAUCAUCAGGAGGAUUGUGUGGAGGUGGCUGCACAGUGACAACUUUCUAAUUGAGACGUGAAAGAGAGGAAGAAGCAGCUAGGAGAAAAGAGUUAGCCUGGUUUUGUCGGGACCAAAUAAGGCCUGGGCCUAGGCUUAUCUCAGUCAAUGAUAUGCACAUUGAAUUACCUUGGGACAAUUGAUCCAGAAUUUGGGAACAUUAACAUGGCAAGACAUUAAUAAAGCACAAGCUUGGAGCAUCAGCCUCAGCAGAGCAAGCAAAUAGUGUUCCAUAUGUAUAUAUUUAUUUAUGUGUAAUUAAAUGGGAACUUUAAAUAGA